AUGGAGCAACUAUUCAUCCCCAACACAAUGCCGCCGCGCACGCUCAAGGCCGCUCCAGCCGACCUUCUCAGGGCCAGCCUCGACGAGAUGCUCAACAGGCUGCCGCCCAAGGAGAAGUACGACGUCGCCGAGCUCGGAGGUCUCGUGUACGGUCCGACCGGCGCCGCCUAUCUUCUCCUCCAGAUGUCUGCCCGUCACCCAGACCUGCGGCCACGGGGCCAGGAUCUGCUCUUCUGGGCCAAAAGGUACCUUGACGGAGACCGUGGCAUCCUCGUCUUGCGCGAUGGAAGAGGUGGCAUCCUCUGCGAGAAGCUUGCCUUCGCCGCUGUUCGGGCCUGCGUCUCAAAGGAGCAGAGCCACGUGAGAACCCUGCUGGAAGACAUACCGCCCUUCCUCGAACCGGCCGCGACCAAGGACGACGAGCGCUUCCCAGCCGAAUGGGUAUACGGCAGGGCCGGGGCCUUGUAUAUCCUCCGAAUGGUGCGCCACUGGGUCCCCGACAGCGCCAGCCUGCUCGACGCUCCCAUAUAUGAGCUUGCCCAGCGAACAAUGGACAUGGAUGACGAUGGCCAGGGCCACUGGCUCUACCAGGGGGUUCGGUGUUUAGGCGCAGCCCACGGCGAUGUCGGAAACAUUGCCCAGAUCGUGCUCAGCGUCCCCUGCAUGGCUCCUCAACUGGCCGAUACACUGCGGGAGCUUCUGGACCUGCAGACCCCCGAGGGAAACUGGCUACAGACGAGCAAAGUCCAGGCCGCGGCAAACAAGGGCCCAAGUCAAGUCCAGUUCUGCCACGGCGCCCCGGGUUUCAUCUACGCACUCCAGGCCCUGCGGCCGCAUUUCCCCCAUCUCCAGGAUCGCAUCGACAGUGCCAUUGAGAGGGGACGCAAGCUGGUCUGGAGCGAAGGGCUUCUCAAGAAGGAGCCGAGCCUCUGCCACGGCCUCUUUGGAAACGGACUAGUCCUUGCCAAAGGCCCGCAGCGAGAGCACUUCCUGGCGCAGGCGACGCCCGAAGCCCUUGAAGAGUCGAGAAAGGACGACGCCACGAUGUUCGAGCCCGCUCACUAUGGCAGUGAGCUGUCGGCCGUGAUGGGGUACUGGCCCAGUGCAGCUUGGGCGUGGUCGGUGUGCGAGGAGCAUGAGCCGGGCUUGAUUCUCUUCACCGACGUUUAG